AUGGUCGAUUCCAGCACUCCGUUCAUGGCCGCCGCGUCCCUUUCACCCGCCGCCGGUGAGAAGAAACACUGGUGGCUCACCAGCAGAAAGAUGGUGGAGAGGUACGUGAGGGAAGCUAAGAUGCUGGUUGCGACGCAGGAGCAGGGCGAUGUCGCGGCGGCGCUGGGGCUGCUGGAGGCGGCGCUCGCGGUGGCGCCGCGGAUGGAGGUGGCUUCACUCCCGGGCGUCAGUUGGGAUAAGCCUCCCAACACCACCGUACUGCCGCCGGCUCUCUCAUCGAUGGCGCAUACAUGCGUCUCCUCAUCCCUUAAUCUCGCCUCAUCCCCACUUUCUCUCUAUUCCCCCAACCCUAGCUCCUCGCCUUCUUCAACCUCCAACAAGUUCUCUCUCCCACUUCAAACCCCCCGUUCACGGCAUGAAAUUCCGAGAAAAUGUAAUAAAUCGAACUUCAAGUGUUCUUCCGUGAGAUCUGUGCACGCUCCGGAUUUUUCUGCGCCGGAAAGGAGCUCGCGAAGUGGCAUUUGGUCGAUUAGGGAUGAUUUGCGAAUGCCAUCGUCGCCAUACUUUCCAGUUAAUGCACGGGGGCCACGAGGACCAUCACCCAUGGUGCAAGAGCGUUUUACGAGUGUCCUCAGCCAGCUUUUAAAAUAUAGGAUAAUACGGUGUGGUGGGGAAGUGAAUGAUGACAUGGCGAACACAAUUGUAGCUCAGUUGCUCUGCCUUGAUGCUGCAGAUCCUACAAAGGAUAUAGUCAUGUAUAUUAACUCUCCUGGUGGAUCAGUGACAGCUGGUUAUGCAAUCUUUGACACCAUGAGGCAUAUUAGGCCCGAUAUCUCAACUGUAUGUGUUGGACUAGCUGCUAGUAUGGGAGCCUUUCUGUUGGGUGCUGGUACUAAAGGUAAAAGAUAUAGCCUACCGAGUUCGAGAAUAAUGAUUCAUCAGCCACUUGGCGGAGCACAGGGUUCGUCGACUGACAUUGAUGUUCAGACAGAUGAAAUGCUGUAUCACAAAGCGAAUUUAACCGGCUAUUUGGCCCAAUUCACUGGUCAUAGCUUGAUGAAGGUGUACGAAGACACUGAUUAUGAUUAUUUCAUGAGUGCUAAAGAAGCCAAAGAGUACGGGCUCAUAGAUGGUAUCAUCUUAAACCCUCUUAAAACCCUACAACCACUUGCAGCUGCAGGACACAACAGUAAUAAUGAUUCGAGUGAGUGA